AUGGCUGAAAUGCACGACAGACACAGAGAAAUGCGCCUUGAUGUUGAUAACAUGUCAUAUGAGGAAUUGUUGGCACUGGGGGAGCGUAUAGGAGACGUAAGCACUGGACUGAACGAAGAUAUAAUUCAUAAGUUGAUGAAACAGCGAUUUUACACAUCUCUGAUGACAGAGUCGUCUUCUGAUCUCGAACCUUGCUGUAUCUGUCAGGAAGAAUAUACUGAUGGGCAGAAAAUUGGUUCGCUCGAUUGUGGGCAUGAGUUCCACAGUAACUGCAUCAAGCAGUGGCUAAUGCAGAAGAAUAUGUGCCCAAUUUGCAAAACAACAGCCUUGGCCACGUGA